CGAGACGCCGCGUCUCUGUCCGUCUCCACCUGCCCGCGAGAGCGCACGGGCCAUGCGCGGCCGCGGGCCGGGGGGCGGCCCGGCUGAACCCCGCUGAGCCCGCCGGGCGGGCCAUGGGCGACCGCGAGCGCAACAAGAAGCGGCUGCUGGAGCUGCUGCGGGCGGCGGGCACGGGCAACGCGCACUGCGCCGACUGCGGUGCCGCGGAUCCCGACUGGGCGUCUUACAAGCUGGGCAUCUUCAUCUGUCUGAACUGCUCCGGUGUGCACCGAAACUUCCCAGACAUCAGCAAAGUUAAAUCCGUGAGACUUGACUUCUGGGAUGACAGUACUGUGGAGUUUAUGUCCCACAACGGGAACCUCCGUGUGAAGGCCAAGUAUGAAGCCAGAGUCCCUGCUUUCUAUUACAUCCCCCAGGCCAGCGACUGCCUGGUCUUAAAGGAGCAAUGGAUUCGAGCUAAGUAUGAGAGACAGGAGUUUAUGGCUGAUGGGAAAACCGUCUCGCCCUCAGGUAACCGAGAAGGGUUCCUGUGGAAGCGGGGGAAGGACAACGCACAGUUCCUGAGAAGGAGAUUCGUCCUCCUGGCCAGAGACGGCCUUCUGAAGUACUACACUAGAGAAGAGGGUAAAGGCCCCAAAGCUGUCAUCUACAUCAAGGACUUGAAUGCCACCUUCCAGACGGAGAAGAUAGGGAACCCCCAUGGGCUGCAGAUCACCUACCGGAGAGAGGGCCACAUUAGGAACCUGUUUGUGUAUCAUGAGAACGGCAAGGAGAUAGUGGACUGGUUCAACGCCCUCCGCGCAGCCCGUCUGCAAUACCUAAAGAUGGCCUUUCCUGAGCUCCCAGAGCCUGAGCUCGUGCCCCUCAUCACCAGGAACUACCUCAAACAAGGCUUCAUGGAAAAGACUGGUCCAAAGCAGAGAGAACCUUUCAAGAAAAGGUGGUUUGCCCUGGACCCCCAGGAACGGAGACUGCUCUAUUACAAGCACCCACUGGACGCCUUUGAGCUGGGCCAGGUGUUUCUCGGGAGCAAGGAGCAGGGGUACGAAGUGUAUGAAGACCUGCCCAAGGGCAUCCGAGGGAACCGCUGGAAAGCCGGCAUCACCGUGGUCACCCCUGAGCGCAGAUUCGUCUUCACCUGCCCCAGCGAGAGAGAGCAGCAGGAGUGGCUGGAGAGUUUUCGGGAUGUGCUCUCCAGUCCCUUGACACCCCUCAACCUCCUCGCUGCAUCAACAGAGAGUGGCCACAGCAGCAGGUGACCCACUGGCUGAGCAACGGGCUGGCCGUGGGCCAUGGGAGCUCUCAGUGGGAAGGAGUGCUCAGCUCGGCCUUGGUUACCCAGAAGGAAUGCCCUGCCGUUGGCAGCCAUCGCUGGCAAUUGACUCUGUCAAGGCUAAAGUUUGGCCUUCACCCGCCGGCUCCCUGGGCCUCACCUCUGCCCAGCCCUGGGGGCGGGGGUCUAGUACAGGAGGUCCUCAGGCUCAGGACAUCUGCAGUGAAGGCGCUGCAAUUGAAAGGACCCCACAGCAUCACACAAGUGGCAUGCUUGUCCAGCUUCUCCCCCCAAAAAGUUUCAUCUGACUCCAACCAUGAGGAAGUAGUCAGACAAGUCUGCAAAAUGACUGGCCUGGACUCUUCGACAAUGUCCGUGUGGUGACAGAGAAAGUGGUGGGCAAACUGUUGGAGAUUAAAGGACACUAGAGAGCAACACCGUGCAAUUUGUGAUUCUCGAUUGGAUCCUGGGUUUUAUAAAACAGCUAUAAAGGACGUAAAUUUGAGUGUGGAUGUAUAUUAGCAAAUAGUAUUGUAAGACUGUGAUGACUGUGUUAUAUUUGUGUAGGAGAAUGCUCUUGUUCUUAGGGCAUAUGUAUUGAGGUGCUCAGGGUAAAAUAUAACAAAUUUUCCAUCCA